AUGAUACAGGGUCUGCAUACCAGCGGGAGCGCGUCUCCAGCAGCAGCAGCAGCAGCAGCAGCCAAGCGCCAAAUGAAAGCAGAAGAAGAAGAAGGCGGUGAAGAAUUGAGCAUGUGUGAUUCACCCAAGAGAAAACGAAUGCAAAUGGAGACGACAAAGCCAGAGUCGGUGUCAACGCCAGCGCUCUCCGCAAAGGCCUGGGCUUUCUCCAUUGAUGCCAUCAUAACUACCAGGCCUGCCGACCUGCCUCCCCCUACGAUCAGUUCGGAGACUUCCGACUCAGAGGACUGGCCGCAAAAUGAGGAUGAACUCAGAUCUGAUCCAGAACGUGGCACAGGCGUUGCACACGCCUACGGUCGUUGUGGCACUGUCUCGGGCUAUCGGAACCAGGCG